UAUUGUGAGACGGCUCUAUCCUGGCUGUAGCUGGUUCGGUCACUGGGCUAGGAAGCAGUUUCUUGUCCCGCGAUGCCUAAGGUGGUGUCGCGGUCGGUGGUUUGCUCGGACACACGUGACCGGGAGGAGUAUGACGAUGGAGAGAAACCAUUACACGUGUAUUACUGCCUGUGUGGGCAGAUGGUGCUUGUGUUGGACUGCCAGCUAGAAAAACUUCCCAUGAGACCUCGGGACCGAGCGAGAGUUAUUGAUGCAGCAAAACAUGCUCACAAGUUCUGUAACACAGAGGAGGAGGAAGCGGUCUAUCUGCGCAGACCCGAUGGCAUUGAGCGUCAGUAUCGGAAAAAAUGCAGCAAGUGCAGCCUUCCUCUGUUUUACCAGCACCAGAAAAAGAAUGCCCCUGCAACUUUCAUCUUCAAUGGUGCCCUGGUCAAGUUUGGACAAGGUUUUGGCAAAACCAACAUCUAUACCCAAAAACCUGAUCCACCUAAAAAGGUUAUGAUGACGAAACGCACCAAAGAUAUGGGCAAAUUCAGCUCUGUUACUGUAUCCACUAUUGAUGAAGAAGAGGAGGAGAUAGAGGCGAGAGAGGUGGCAGAUUCCUAUGCCCAAAAUGCAAAAGUGAUUGAGAAGCAAUUGGAGAGAAAAGGCAUGAGUAAGAGAAGACUGCAGGAGCUGGCUGAAUUAGAAGCGAAGAAGGCCAAAAUGAAGGGAACGCUGAUUGACAACCAGUUCAAAUAGGAAAGACAGACUGAAAGUGAUUUAGAAGGACCUGCCAGCCGUCACAUAUUGCUUACUUGCAGCAUGACAGGUGCAUGUGGCAGGUAUAGCCACCGUCUAGCAUGUCUCAAUGGAGUAUGCCAUCCCAGAUGACUGAGGCUGUUAUCUGUAUAAAAUGGACCAGAAAAUAUUUCUGAGACUUAGGAAUUCUCUCCAUUUUUUUGAUGGAUGAAGCAGCUAUUUAACUUUUUUUUUUUAUUACCAUGGAGUUUAAAUUCUCUAUUUUCACAGAUUUUAUGUCUCUUGUUUGCCUUCUUUUUUAGUACCUUUAGGUUCCUUGGAUUCCCUGGGCUCUGCUGAGAAAGCCAAUUUCAUCUUCAGCAUGGGUACAGGUCAUGCCAUCAAUAAACCUUGGCAGGAGUAUAAAAUUCUAGAAUGCUUUACCCCCUUACAUUUGCAGCUAUUUUGGGCCCUGAGUAUAAAGCUUUUGUAUUUUUCCUAUGAUAUAGCUGGAUGAUGGUUUGUUCUCUUUGCAGGAUGUUAUCAUUUUAAUUGCACUGUUUUGGGGUGCAUAUGCGUUUUGCUGGAUCCGUCAUUGAUCAGCAAAAACGCUUCCGUCAUGAUAAUACAACUGUCUGCAUCCGUUCUGAACUAGUUUUGUAAUUGAAUAUUCUAUUGAUUAAUCGUUGGAUACUCUAAUAACAAAAAACUAAUUAAAA